CGGUGCGCGCUGGGAGCGGUCACGAUGGCGGCCCGUGUCCUCGCGGCCUGGCUCCGCCGCGCCGCCCCGUCCGCCCCGCGCCCCGCCGCGCUCGGCACCCUCGGGCCCCGCCGCCCCCCGCCGCCGCCGGCGCCCCCCGGCCCGCCGCCCGCCGCCCGCCUCCCGCAGCUGCCGCGCGCCGCCGCGCCGCCCUGCCGCCGCCUCUCCGACCUGCCGCCCCUCACCUUGGCCGACAUCAAGGAGCGCGUCCUCUACGUCCUCAAGCUGUACGACAAGAUCGACCCCGAGAAGCUGACGGCCGAGUCCCACUUCAUGAAGGACCUGGGGCUGGACAGCCUGGACCAAGUGGAGAUCAUCAUGGCCAUGGAGGACGAGUUCGGAUUUGAAAUUCCUGAUGGAGAUGCAGAAAAGUUAAUGUGUCCGCAAGAGAUUGUAGAUUACAUUGCAGAUAAGAAGGAUGUUUAUGAAUAAAAACAGUCAUUCAAAACCGGGCGAUGUCCCCACCACCAGGACUGGGCUGGUGUCGGCGGGUGUGAAUAGAAGCGCACAUGCUGUACCGUUGCUGCUUUCAUCGGAAAGUUGUACUUGGACGUUGUAUUUAAAGCUGUCUGAAUAUGUUGUCCUUUAAAAACAAGAAAAAAAUGAAUAAAUCUAUAAGACCA